GAAUUAGUGGGAACAUGGCGCCAAUACAACAAGAAGCAGAGAUCCAGUUCGCUCAAAGAUUGGCAUCUAACGAGAAGCCCAUUCGGACAAAGGCCAUCAAGAAGCUAAGAAAGUAUAUCAGUGUUAGGGCACAGAAAAUCAACGGUGGUUUCACAGGCGACGAGUUACUUAAACUAUGGAAGGGCCUCUUUUAUUGCCUGUGGAUGCAGGACAAGCCACUUCUUCAGGAGGAGUUGUCGAAUCAGAUAUCUGGCCUGAUGCAUAGCUUUCAGAACGUCCAGAGUAUGUUUUUGUUUCUGGAGACUUUCCUGCAGACCAUCAAAAGAGAAUGGACUGGCAUUGACAUGCUUCGCAUGGAUAAGUUUUUCCAGCUGGUUCGUUUCGUGUUCAGGAACUCUUUUGAAAUGAUGAAGAGGAAAGAAUGGGAGACCAGUGUGGUGACCAGGUUUUUGGAGCUCCUGACUGCUCAGGUCCUCCACAGCACCAGCGGAGACCCUUGUGGGUUGCAGUUUCACAUACUGGACCUCUACAUGACAGAGCUGGCUGCAGUUGGCUCAGCUGAGCUCACAGCGGCUCAGAACCUGACGUUUAUCGACCCGUUCUGCAAAACAGCAUCCAAAACCAAAGAUCGGAUCCUGCUCAAGGCUAUUUGCGGCAGCAUCUUCAGUGCCAUCGUGGCCCAGGCUCCCUUCGCCAUUGAAGACCUGCUGAAGGAGGUGAAUGCUACAGGUGGAGGGUCUGAGGAGUCUGACUCGGGACAGGCUUCUGAAGAGGAGGAAGAGAAAAAGGAGCCUCCCAAGGGCAAAAAAGCUGCUAAGAAAUCCCCCAUGAAAACCAUUGGAAAGCAGACCAACUGCACCGCAUCAACUGAGGAAGAUGAAGGUAGUCUGGAGGAUGAAGAAGAUGAUGAAAUGCUCCAUCUGGAGAGUGAUUCGGAGUCUGAGAUACCAGAUGACGGGGGGAUCGGACCUGUUCUCCAAUUUGACUACUCUGCCCUGGCGGACAGGCUGUUUGGGCUAGCCAGCCGUAGCAACACCCCCAGCCACAACAGACAGAGACUCUACAAAGUCAUCAAGACUCUCCGGGACCUCAGUGACGGAGUCUUCCCACAGGACGAGUACCCAGAGGAAGUGUCAACGGAUGAGGAUGACGAUGAAAUGUUUGGCAGCAGAAAGAGGAUGAAGAGGGGAAGAGCCCUGGAGGAGGAAGAGAGCUCACCAGCCAAGAAACGUAAAGGCAAGAAAAACGACUCAAAACCAGGGAAGUCAGGCCAGCGUGCAGCAUCGGACAAGAGCAAACCAGCAAAGACACCCGGUGACACCACCACGCGGAAGAAGAGGAGCAUGGGAGAAGUGAAGAGUGGCGAGCAGAACCGGGUGGCGGAGGAGUCGGAAGUGAAGGCUGAGGCGGACACAACUCCUCCUACAACAGAGAGCGAAACGACAGACGCUAAGAAGGCAGCACCUACAGAAGCAAAGACUGAGCUCUCUGUCCCAAUAGACUCUGUAGAGGCGGGGGUAAAGAAGAAAACAUCUACCCCAGCCGAGCGCACCGAUGUUGGGGAGAAGCAAGAGGCUGUCCUGGAGGAGGACGCCUCUCCUAUGAAGGUCACUGAUACUCCCUCAGAGGUAACUGCCAUGGAGACAGAGGUGCAAUCAGAAACUCCACCGGAUAUAGUGGUGGGGAGCCUAUCAUCUGUCAUGGAGAUUGGACAGAAGACCCAAUCCGAGACACCAGUACCAGACAGCACGUCGUCCAAGAAGAAAAAGAAGACCAAGAAGUCUAAAACGCCUGUACAGGAGGAGGAGAAAGCGGUAACAGAACCAGAGACUAAUACAGAUGUGCCGGAGGCUAGUGUGAAAGCCACGGAGACAGAAGACCAGGCUGCUCCAGCUACCCAGGACGGAGAGGCUGCAGAGGGGGCUACAGAGCCAGAGAGCGCCCCUGAGACUGCUACUACCAGCACAACCAAGAGGAAGGGCAGGAGGAAGAGCACCAAGCAGGACCCUGAGGAACAGACAACCGUAGAGGAGGUUGAGACGAAGCCAGAUGCUGUAGAAGAGAUCAUGGACACCCCACUAAAGAAGAAUAGGAGGAAGAAGGCUGAACGGAGUGCUGAGAGCACAAAGGAAGAGGUCGCUGAAACAGACUCAGCACCGGUAGACACGACACCAGCAGGCCCUAAACCACUGGCCACUCCAGCUGAGGAGCCUCCAGUUGACGUCCGCAUCGCCACCACUUCCCUGAAAAAGAAGAAACUUAAGGCGGCCAAGUCUGAAGAGGAGAGUGUGGAGGUCGAGGGUGAAAUGCAGCCAGAAACUGAAGCGGACGUCCUACUUGUAGUCGCUGAGACGGUGCCAGCAGAAGCCGCUACACCAACCGUGCUCAAAAAGAAGAUGGCUGAAGAACAGAGCGUGGAGGCCGAGGGUAAAACAAAGACUGCAGCAGACUCAAACCGUACACUUGUAGACGCUGAGGCGGAGCUGGUAGAGGUUUCCACACCAGCUCCCCUCAAGAAGAAGAAAAAGAAGGCAGCACUGGUAUCUGAGGAGCAGGAGCCAGACACCACGGCAGUGGAGGAGAGCAUUGCAGAGGAGCAGCCCACAAAGGUUGACCUGGAGACUCCCGUGAAGAAGAGGAAGAUCCCGGUAGUGAUAGAGGUCGAGGCUGAGGAGCUGGAGGCUGAGGCAGAGGCUGCUAGAGUCAACGACAGCGAAGAGCCGUCCACACCGGUGAACGCCAAGAAAACAAAAAAGAUGAUGCCCAAGAAGGCUAAGGGAGGUGAGGAGUCUGACUUCAUUACGUUCCAGAGCCAUGCCACCAUCCCUACACCCAUCUUCUUCAAGAGAGCCAAGGGAAGCCCCAGCACAUCGUUGUCCAGCAAGAAGAAGUGUCCGACUCCAAAAUCUGAAUCCAAGAAGGUUACCUUCGGACUUAACAAAAACAAAAUUGCAGAAUUUAGGAAGACCGAUCGCAGCCUGCUGGUGAGUCCAGAGGGGUCGUCCAGAGUGCCAUUUGACCCCCUGCAGAAACCCCUGUUCGGAGUGCUGAAGUCCCCAGUGGCCUCUCUUACCAACAGCACCAAGAAGAAGACCAAGAGCACCCCGAAAGCCACCCCCAAACGCCCUACCGCUGCUGACUUUUUCUAGUCAUUGAGGAGACUGAGGACAUUUCCCCCCUCAGUCCCACCCCACUGUUUGUCCACUAGGAAAAUAUAAUCAUGAACUGAAUGACCAAAGAAUCUGUUAUUCCUCCGUUGGGGCGAUAUUGAUAUACACUUAUUCUGUUUGUGGAAUUACUUCAAAUUGUCUAUGUUAUUUUGCUGUUCUGUGGGUGAGCAAGUGUUCAAAUAAAGACCACUCUCUCCUUUUAGUGAA